AUGAAUGAUACCGACGAUACCCAGUCAGAAAGAUCAGUAGAGAAGCUACAAAGAAAAGAAAAACGAGGGAUUAGAAAUGACGAAAAUUACAAAGGAGUUUUAUCAAGAAAGCUAGAGUUCAGGGGAGAACUUACAAUAUUUAAGAUUUUUAUGGACCAAAGACGGUACUUCACCGAGUGCUUCACUGCUACUAUGAGUAAAAGAAGGUUUUACGAACUUUUACAAGCUUUACGGUUUGAUAAUGAUGACAGAAAAGACUGCCUAAAGACCUAUAACCUAGCUCCUAUCAUAUUUCUGUUUGACGAUUUUGUAGGACGAUGCACGGCAAACUAUCAAGUGAUGGAAUAUGUCACUAUUGACGAAAUGCUUGAUGCCUUUAGAGGCCGUUGUAUGUUCCGCCAGUAUAUAUCUAAUAAACCGGCAAAAUAUGGCAUUAAAAUUUAUGCGAUGGUAGAUGCUCGUACUUUCUAUACCUCCAAUUUAGAAAUAUAUGCCGGCAAACAAGCGGAUGGCCCAUUCAACGUGAUAAUAAAGCAGCGUCUGUUAUCAAGCGAUUAG